AUGAUAUCUCACAAUCCAUCAGUCUCUACUCAAACCAUACCCCAACAGAACCAGCACACAAAAUCCAAAAAAAACUUCAACAAUUGCAAUAUUCACAAACUCCUCUCAAAAAUUCACACCCACGAUUUCUUCCCAAACAUCAAAAUUACCCCCGUACCCCAUAUCUUUUCCUCUUUGGGACUAAUUACUAAUUUUUCACCCCAAUACACAAUGGAGAUCGACGACAUCCUCCAGGACUUCGAGCAACAAGCUCGCGCUCCGCCAAUCAAAAGAGAUGCCGAUCUCAACCAGCAACUUGUUGCCGCCAUGCUCAAUGAACGCAUGGCGCCGGAGCUUUUGCCGUACAAAACAGAACUCAUGGACCGCGUAUUGACGGAGAUCCAGCAACAGCAGCAGCUUCUUCUUGACUCGUAUGAAUAUGGUGACUCCAACGCGGAGGCCGGUGUAAUCAGUAGCGAUUUUAAGCUCCAACUCAUGAUCAUAGAGACUGAUAUUGAACGAAUAGCAUAUCUUCUCCGGCUCUAUAUCCGCACGCGUCUUGCAAAGAUAGACAGUUUCACGAUAUACUACAUCAACGAAAGUGCCGGCGAGGGAAGUUCGGGUGGAAUUGCGUUGUUGUCGCCGGCGGAACGGCUGUACAUGCACAAACACUUCAAGAUCUUGACCCAGCUCUACAACACCAGUUUUUUGGGCAAGCUCCCGAGUUUUUUGCAGUUGUUGGACGAUACCACGGGUGGUGAGACCAUGAUUGCGACGCCGAACCUUGACCAGCCCGUGUUUAUCCGUGUGGUGUGUGACGAGCCCAUCGUGUUGACUAUGGACGGAGAUGAUGAGUUGACGCUCACAAAAAACGGUAUUUAUGUCGUCAGGUAUCGUCUCAUAAAGCUGUAUGUGCAGAUUGGCGAUAUUGUCUUGAUCUAG